AUUCACUCUGGCGACAGCGGAAUAUGGGUGACGUGUGGUAAGGGCAGGGAGGGAAAGUGUGUGAUGGAGAUGCGAGACUUGUUCAACGAGUAUGCGAAGGAGAUGUAUCCGCAAUCAGCGGACGGGCCGGACGGAGGUGAAGGCGAUGCGGAGGGGGAGAUGGAUAUCGAGAGGGAGAUCCAGGCUGAGCUUGACGAGAUGAAGAAGCCGGCGAGAGGGCAGCUGUUCACGCACGUGAGGGUGAAUUUGCAGUGUGUGGUAUUUUUCAAAACGAUCGCGCCUGUUGUACCCACGGAUCUGGUCAAGAGAAUCUGCGAAGACGCCAUGAAUAACAGCGCUAUCAAGCGAACACGGUUCGCGCAGAGGUUGACGCCCAUGACCUUGAUGGGUCGGGCAUCAGCGGAAGGGCUGGAAAAGGUGUGCUUGGAAGUGUUGGCGCCGCAUUUUCAUCAGGAGCCGUUUCAGCGUCGAAAGUUUGCCAUCCGGCCGACCCUUCGGAAUCACAACCUCUUGAGCCGGAAUGAUGUGAUCAAACAAGUGGCGCCGCUCGUGGGACGUGGCCAUGAGGUGGAUCUCAAGAACUACGAUCUUUUGAUUUUGGUGGAGCUGUACCAGCAUGUUUGUGGCGUCUGUGUGGUUGAUACGGACUAUGAGCGGCUGAAAAGAUACAACAUCUCGGAGAUCUAUGAGCCUACGCCGCCGCAGGAGCCCAACGUGGCGGCCACGGCAAAGGCGGAGAAAGGUGCUCAGGAUGAGACAACAGAUGAGGUGGUGGUCAAGGCAACAGACGAGGAUUCCGAGCAGGCCGACGUCGAGGCGAAGGGCGAGGCGAUAGUGGGAGCAAUGGAAGACGUCGCAACUGAGGUGUGA